UGACGAAUGACGAUCUUUCUGCUUACAACUUUCAUAGUGAACACAAAUCCCAUUAUCACCGUCAUCAUCACCAACUCACAGCAGUUUCAGAGCAAAGGUGACAACUUUCUUCUCCCAUCUUCCAAAUCCGCAAAAUCCCAACUCUCUACACCAUCAGCAGCUCUCCCACUUUCUUCCCCGGCGUCGCCAUGCUCUUCCAAUGGUACGUCCAUGGCCGCCACCACCCUUCAUUUCACCGGACGCUUUUCUCCUAUAUUUCUCUCCUCGCCCUCCCUUUCUCUCUUUUCCUCCUCUGUCACCUUUCCGCCACUCUCUUCCGCCGCCGCCGCCCCCGAAACGACGACGUUUCUUUACCCCCAACUCAACAAAAUGAAGAAGGAGAAACAGCUUUUUCCUGCUCUUCCAUGGUCUCGUCGUCGGAAGAUGAUGGUAAUCACGGCACCGGCGCCGGCGAUUCCGGGUCGAAUCAGAAGAGGGAGUUUGUCAUUUGUGCCGUGUGUGCUUCGAGACUGAUUGUAUCCGGGUCGAAUCGGACAUGGGUUCCGGCAGCGGCCAUUGAAGAGGGGAGAUUGAAGCGAGAACAGGGUGGUUUUAUGGUCUUUGAAUCGAAUUUUGUCGCUUCCUCUGGCGGGAAUGGUAAAACAGGGGAGGAAGCCGCCAUUGUUGAUGAUGGUGGGGGAUUGAGACGUAAAGGAAAAGAAUUCGUCGUUUGUACAUCUAGCUUGGUUGAUCAGAGUGGUAGGGAUGAAACAGAGGAGAAUAAAGCCGCCAUUGACGAGGGUACGUCAAGGAAGAAGGUAGAAUUCAUCAUUUCUACCUCCACCGCGGCUCCAGCUGGACUGCGUGAUGGUAAAUCAAGCUCCCCAGACAUAAUUGAUGAGAAUGAAUCGAGCUCGAAGCAAGAAAUCGUCAUACGGACGUCGAAAUCGACUGUUCAAAAUUGUGACAUAGGAACAGGGGACGCCAUCACCAAUGACCAGGAAUCGAUUCCAAAUGAAGAAACCGCGGUGGACGAAUUCUUCAGCUGCGUUUCGGGCAUGGUUCCGAUUGUUACUGGUGGGUCUGAAUCAGGGCCCACCAUUGAUCUUGUUCGAUUGAGCAUAGGGGAAGUGGAAGAAGAAGAAGAAGAAGAAGAAGAAUUGGGGUCGUGUGCGAAGCUGUUAAGGGCUAUUGAUGAUGAUGAACUACAAGAAGAAAAAGAGAAGUAGUCGUUAGUGCUUCUAGUUUGGCGCCCGGGAUGGUUGGUGAUGGUGAAAUUGAGGCCGCCAUUGGUCAUGGACUCAUGGUAAAUCGAGCUUCAAAGAAGCUGCUGCUCCCAUGAAGUUUGCGGCGGAGUUUUAGCAACGAUCUAUGGUAGAGCGUUUUGAAGUUAAAACUGUGAAGUCUUUAUUCUUUUAGUUUUUUCAUUUGUCAUUCUUUUUUAGACUCGGCAUAAAAGCAAGAUCCACCA